AUGAGUUCGAAAAAGAAAUCAAUAGAAAAAUCUAUUGAACUAUUGAGUUCUGAAUUUUCUGAAGUGAAGAGCAUGGUUACGGAUAUGAAACAGUUCUUUGCAAAGUGGGUGGAGAAGCAACAUGCUGAUCGAUGUGAGAGUUAUCAAGCCAAUGAAAAACUGAUUCCUUCACGUAAUAAGAAGAAACGUGUGGGAGAAUCAGAUGAGAGCAGUCAUGAAAUGCAAAAUUUCGAGUCUGAAGAAGAGCCACGACAGAAUCCUCUUGGAUGGAUUGCCAAAGCUGAAAAAUGUUUUGAAGAAAAACUGAAAGCGAAAACUUUUGAGCUUAAAAAGAAUGUGAAUAUGACAAAAAAUCUCGAACUGGAGAUUCAGCAACUUAGAGCAUCGCUAAGUGUUUUGAAGGACACUGUAGAUGAUGAAGAUGAAGAGCUUUUGAAGAAGGUAGAUGCUUUGCAAAAGGAUUUAACGGACCAGGUAGAGUUAGUUCAAGACUUAGAGGAACUGAACCAAACACUAAGCAUUAUGGAACGUAGGCAUAAUGAUGAGCUGCAAGAUGCUCGAAAACAAUUAGUUCAUGUGAUUAAAGAAAUAUCAACUAGUAGCGACUAUAUUGGGGUAAAGAGAAUAGGGGAACUCGAUACCAUACCAUUCCUCGAUGCUAUGAAGAAAAGAUACGACUCAGGUGAAGCUGAAGAUAGGGCUGCAAAACUAUGCUCUUUGUGGGAAAAUAAUAUAAAGGACCCUCAUUGGCAUCCAUUCCAAAUUCUUACGAUCAAUGGCCGAAGUGUGCAAGUUAUUAACAAAGAAGAUAAAAAGCUAAAGGGACUGAAAAAAAGCCUUGGUAGAGCUGCAUAUGAUGCUGUGGUGGUAGCUUUGACAGAGAUAAAUGAAUAUAAUCCUAGUGGGGGAUACGCAAUAUCAGAAUUGUGGAAUUACGAAGAGGGAAGGAUAGCAGCAUUGCAAGAAGGAAUAAAGUUUCUGUCCAACAACAUAUCAAAUAAGCGCGCGAGAGAAAUAGAAACGGAAAGGGUGAUUGAUGUUGAUUAUUCGGAGAAACGUCAAGAAAAAUAA